AAGUCUCAUCUCCCUCUGUUCAUUCCCCACUGGUUUUUUACUAAAUUCUCGGUUAGUCGCCUAAUAUUAUUCCCUACAUUCUCUCUCUUUCUUGUCCGGAAAUCUAGAGCUUCGGAUUCUGGAACUCAUCACUGCCCCCACUCUCUCUCUCUCUCUCUCUCUCUCUCUAAGGAUUUCUCUCACAUAAAACAAAAACCAUUGGUUCCGCGUUCUUGGUCCUCGUACAUAUGCAGAUGUAAUGCACGUAAGGUUGUGGGAGGGUCGAUGAGGAGGAGGAAGAGGGACUGAGGAGGACCAGAUAUGGAUGCCAUAAGAAAGCAGGCCAGCAAGCUAAGAGAGCAAGUUGCCAAGCAACAGCAGGCAGUUUUAAGGCAAUUUGCAAGCCAUGUUGGUAAUGAUGGCGUUUUUGCUGAUGAACUUGAGCUUCAGCGCCAUGAACAGCUUGAAAGACUUUAUACAACAACAAGAGCUGCAAAGCAUUUUCAGAGGGAUAUAGUACGGGGUGUGGAGGGGAUUAUCGCUAUGAGUUUAAAGCAAAUGGAAAUAGCAAUGAAACUGGCGGAUGACUGUACAAGAUAUUCACAUGAGAACCAGAACCCUGGCAGUGCCACCCUUGCAGGAGCUGCUCUACAAUUUGGAACUUCUCAUAGUACGAUUGAAAAAGAGAGAGAGAACCUGCUGAGGACACUUGGAGUUCAGGUAUCUGAUCCAUUGCGUGCAAUGGUGAUGAGUGCUCCUCUGCAGGAUGCACGCCACUUAACCCAGCGAUAUGAUAGAAUCUGGCAGGAUGUUGAUGCUCAGGCAGCUGAAGUUCUACGGCGCCAAAUGAAGUUGAGAGAUUCUGGUACAAAUACAGACAGCACAGUGAAAGUCCAACAUGCAGAAUCUAGGCUAGAAGAGCUCAGAUCUACAUUGUCAGCAUUAGGAAAAGAAGCCAUUGCUGCCAUGAUGUCUGUUGAAGCUCAACAACAACGGGUUACUUUUCAACGAUUGUUGACCAUGGUUGAGGCUGAGCAGGCUUUUCAUCAAACUGUUGCCGACAUUCUUAAUAAUCUGCGUACUGAGAUGCUGGCAGAAAAUCAGCACACUGAUUCUGCUGCAGAAAUAGAAGGUCCAUCCACAGGUGCUUAUAUUACCCCACCUCCACCUGGUGAUGCUAAGCCCAACGGUUCCCAUGAAUCACAAGAAGCAACCUCAGCAAGUACUCCAACAGAUGUUUUUGUCUCACCUCCUUCAGUUGAUAAUGUUGCAUCUCCUGUGGUUUAUGAUGCUACACCUCCUGUGGUUGAUGAAGCCAUGCCUUCUACUAAUGAUGCUAAAGUCAAUGGUUCUGUUGAUCAGGUCACAGCUACUCAAAAUGGUCCAUAUUAUAUAGCAGAGGCUAUACAAUCUUUUGAUGCUCAGGAUGAGGACGAACUUACUCUUUCUGUGGGGGACUAUGUUGUGGUUCGCCAGGUUUCACCUGCUGGAUGGUCUGAGGGUGAGUGCAAGGGGAAGGCUGGUUGGUUUCCUUCAGUUUAUGUGCAAAGGCGGGAGAAAGCUCCAGCAAGUAAAAUUGCUGAUGUUAGCUCUUCACCAUAAGUUGAUGUCUGUUUGUUCCACGUUCUCAUUAUUGGCAGUGUGAAUGCAUCAUCUUCAUAAUGGUAUUUAAGGUCGCGUUAGUUGCUACCAUUUUUCAUUAUGAUGGUUUGUUGGUCUUGUGGCCAUGUUUAUGUUUAUAUUGUAAAAUUUGACAUGUAUUUUUCCUUUGAGAUGUUUCUUGGUAUUUUCCAACUAUUUUGGUUUGUCUGCUUUUUUGUAUUUAGAAUAAUGCCCACCACUGUAUAAAACAUGUAAAACUCAGAUGCUGUCAUCAAAAAGUGAGGCAAUCUGCACUUCUGAAAAUAUGAAGCUGCAGGGAGCAAGAUACGAGCGACUGCAAUGAAUUAUGAAGUUUGUUUGAGAA